CUUCUCAGUUGUAAUAAGUAACAUUUUACAAAUAACUCUAUGGUAGUUAUGGAGUUUUUUGUUCUUUGAGCUGGACAAAACUCCAUCAAAAUCAUCCAUCUGAGUUACAAAUCUUCCCCAUCAUCUCAAAACUUUAUGGUAGAUACUAAUCUCAGUUUUGUACUCAUAGUACCCGGUAAAUUGGAUUUUACUGUAUCGAUCACAUUCUUGUGAUAUGGUCGAUUAGUCCGAUUGACUCUACAGUGUUGUGCAUUGUUGCUGUUUUUAUUUUUCAUUAACGUUUAGCGAGGCAAUCAAUAAGAUCUCCUGUAUUUAUUUUUUUCUGUUUACCAUAAUCUAAAUUCUAAGCAGCUUAUACUUUUACUACCUCUACCAAUACGGGAUUCGAAUCGGCAAUUAUAUCUCUGUGCUAAUGUAGUAUGGCAACUCGAACUGACGUACGUACGUACGAAGUUCUACGUUGUUACUGACUGACUGAAAUUCUAAGCAGGAAAUGUAAGCAAACAAUACAUAAAGUUAUACGUAAUUAAUGGGUUAUGUUUUAUUACGGAAAUAAUGUAAUAACGGUAUCUUGACAGAUCAAAUCAAGAAACAAUUGGAAGACAACAGAUUUUGAUGUGAAUGACACAAAACACACUAAAAUUAGCUGGUUAUUUAUAAUGUCCCAAUAAGUAGAAAUCUACAUUGCUGACUUUCCCUAACUUAGUGUAAGCUGUUUCUUUAGAGUAAAUAAAUAAUCCAGGCUUCGUAUUAGUUGGCACUUUUCAACACAGCGUACACACACAAACAGUGGACAUAGAUCACUCAGAUUCAUAAUAUAAGCCAAAUAAAUAAGUAAUUACAGAAUCCAGGCCAGUUUCUAGGUAUAAUCAAGUUGAUGAGAAGAGAAAUUUAAGGUGUUAAGCGGAAAUCUAUGAAAAUAUGGUUUGAUUAGUAUUGGUUUGUAUCAUACUGUUGUUGAUCGAUUUUAGUAUGAUACGUCCAGUUGACGUGUAGCAGCAGUCUCUGCAUCAGUAGGCCUCAACAUACACAAAGGGAAAACCAAGGUCCUCAAAUGUAACACGGAGAACAGCAAUCCAAUCACCCUUGAUGGCGAAACCCUGGAAGGUGUAGAAUCCUUCACAUACAUGGGAAGCAUCAUCGAUGAACAAGGAGGUUCAGAUGCAGACGUAAAAGUGAGGAUUAGCAAAGCAAGGGCCGCAUUUCUACAAUUGAAGAACAUAUGGAACUCAAAACAACUUUCAACCAAUAUCAAAGUGAGAAUCCUCAAUACUAAUGUCAAGGUAGCUCUACUGUACGGAGCUGAAACUUGGAGAACUACUACAAUCACCAUCAAGAAGGUAGAAGUAUUUAUAAAUAGCUGUCUACGCAAGAUACUCAACAUCCAUUGGCCGGAUACCACCAGCAAUAGCCUUCUGUGGGAGAGAACAAACCAACUUCCAGCUGAAGAGGAAAUUAGGAAAAGACGAUGAAAAUGGAUAGGACAUACAUUACGCAAAUCGUCAAACUGCAUCACGAGGCAAGCUCUAACUUGGAAUCCUGAAGGGAAGCGGAAAAGAGGAAGGCCAAAGAACACAUUACGUCGGUAAAUCGAAGCAGAUAUGAAAAAGAUGAAUAACUGGAAGGAGCUGGGAAGAAUUUUCCAGGACAGGGUUGGAUGGAGAAUGCUGGUGAGCGGCCUAUGCUCCUUCACGAGAAGUAACUGGCGUGAGUAAGUAAGUAAAAUCCAGUUGACGAGUCCGAAGUGGGACAAAACGCGUAUCUUGGAGUCUACUACUAGCCAUAUUCCCUUUGUUCCGUAACAGUUAAGAUCUACUAUCUCCUUAAUUGGAGAAUUAGAACAUCGUUUUUAGAAUGAUUCCAAUUUUGUGACAGAAUACUUAUAAAUCAUCUACAACUGGAGAGAACAAAACUGUAAUAGUGAGCGUGAAACAACAUUAAUAAAUAGACUGUGAUGCAUGUAUUAUUAUUAUGAAAUUCGUACGUUUAAUCAUCUGUUUCGUAUCCAAUAGAGCUUCAAUGUAAAGGAAAAGAAUCUCAUUUACUAUAACAGAGAUCUUUAAAGGUUGGGGAUAAACUCCACGUUUUCAAGUUAUCUAAGUUUAUCGAAGUCAGUAAUGGCGAGUAUGUUUCCAUUCAUUUGGUCACUUAAUUGUAGAUAUUUUGUGACAAUUUCUUUUAUAGAAUUAAUUGAAGUUAUGUCUUUUGCUAUGUCGUAAUUUUUGUUCUCUUAUGAAUGACUCCCCUACAAUUGACACGUCCAUAGCAUGGUGGGAUGGAAUUUUCUUUGUAGAAUAUUAUUUAUUUCAAUACAUAAACAUUGGUACAUAGUGGUAUCGAAUACAUAUACGCCACACAAGUCACUGGAUUUGCGUGUGGGCUAUCAUACUUCCCGAGUGUCCAAAACGAAGUAGGUGAUUUCCUUAGGAAGCUACACCCAGAGCCUUUGACCUAAAGGUCUAACCCACAAGGCAGUGGAGCAACGUUGGAAGAUACAGUCUCAUGGUAGCUGGUGACCAACAAUAGGUCCAUAUACCAUUUUCUCCCUCCUGAUCCUGGAGACCACGUGCACCAUUGUUUUCGAAUCAGGGUUUUCUAACUCUCCUAGGUGAAUCCUUAUUAUCCGCUUUUCGUCCUCUCAAUUUCGUAAACAACAGUAAUAGUGUGAGAAGGCAGUGAGUAGGGUUUCCCUGACAGUGGCUGUAUACACGUGACCACGGGAAAGCAUCACGAGAGAGAGAGAGAGAGAGAGAACUGACUCUCCCCACCAUCGACCGCAUAGGGAGCCUCCAUUUCAAUUUAUUUCCACAUGCUAUGUCAAAAUUGCUAACGAUAACAGAGUUUCUCUCCACCAUCGUCCUUUUUUCCACAUUUAUGCCAAAAAUAAAUGUGUUACAUAAUCUAUUAUAACAAAAUAACAAUAUAUGCACUAAUGAAGAAGCAUACUCAGAAACCUGGUAAUGGAAAUUUCUGUGUAUCGACAUUAAUUUAUAAAUAUUGAUUAAAUGGUCUAACUUCAACCAAUCCACUAAGUUGCGCCACCGUAUACCAUUGUCAUCAGUGAGCUGAUAUCUCACAACAGACCUGGUUGAACUCCACCGGUAACGGCUUCCCACGCAACUUCGUGGAUUGGUUGAAGUAAGACAUUAACACCGUUAGAUGCCGGCUCAGUGGUCUAAUGGUUAAGUGCUCGUGAGCGAAGCCAGUAGGUCCUGGGUUCGAAUCCCGCGGUGUGUGGGUUCGUGGAUGCGCACUACUGAGGGGUCUCAUACUAGGACGAAACGUUCGUCCAGUGCUUCCAGGUUUUCCAUAGUGGUCUAGCUUCAACUGACUCAUGAUUUCAAUCUGUGAAAAUUUCUAAAAUCUCCACAUACCCCUUCUAAUAAAUGGUCUAACAACAAUGAAUAUUAUUGAAGAUAAUUUUUGUAUAUUGAAUGAUAAAUAGUUCAUCGACCUGAUUCUUGGACAUAUAGUUUUUUUUCUACAUUAGGACAGUUACUAUGACCUAGUUGAUGGACAUUGCAUAUGACGAAUAGUAAAACUUUCCAUAAAUAAAUAUUUUCUUCUUUGUCAAACUAUUAAAUACACAUAUAUGUACAUAGACUAUGGUAGACGAGAUAGAGAGAGAGAAAGAGAAAAAGUGUCAGUCUAAUUUUAGAUGAUAUGGAGAGAGAGAGAGAGAGAGAGAUAGGGGUGGGAGAGAGAGGGGGGAGAUUGAAAAAUAGAGAAAAAUGAAUGAAACCUUUCAUUGACUAAGUGAAAUUGUGAGUCUGAAAUUUUAGAUUACUUUUCUUUUUUUUGCUUUUUUGGGGGGGGAGGGUUACUAGUGUCUUUGUUACAUUUGCACGUCUAAUUCAAAUUAACGCAAAGAAACAAAUGUGAUUUCGUUAGGUUUUUUCAUAUUUUUUUAACUCUACUAGGGUUGUGUAUAGUAUUUAUUAUUCAUACAACUGGUGGUAACCCCUUUCUAUUUAUUUCAUAAAACAAUAGUUAUUAGUCAGUAUAGGUAAAUAAAUGAAUGUAUGUUUAACUCUAUAUGUAUGUGUGUAUGUGUGUAUGUCCAUGUGUUACCAAUCUACUCUUUCAUAUCUCUUCAAUAUUCCCCUUGAAAAGAAGAUGACUUAUGACAAGAUAAGUUCUUUUUAUCCUGAAUAAUCAAUUCAAUGUGUAGACAUACACACACACACACAUGUAUGGUGUAAACGUGUUAUUCAUAAACGAAUAUAGAUAUAUUUAUUCAGUAGAACAAAUAUCUAAAUGAUUUGUUGUGGGGACUGAAUGAGUCAGCAGCCUAUGAUGGAGAUGACUAACAUGAAUAAAAUCUAGAAAUGAUACAAAUUUUAGCAAGAAAAAAAAACAAACAAACAAACAGUUUUAUUUCUUUAUUCCCCUGAUGUUUAACGGUUAUCUGGAUGAAUGGGUAUCUAUUGGCUGAUAUUUAUCAGUAAAUGUAAGAUUUCAGGUAUUGUUUAGUUGGUAAUUGUCUGGUUCCCAAGUAUAUAGUAUCGACAAGGUAGAAAAACAGAACACCAGGAAGAUCAUAUCUGAAAUCACUACUUACUAAUUUUUUUUCUGUUAUUUGGUAAUUUAGUCAUCAGACUGUGACCCGUUGUAAUUAGAUUCUCCUGGGACAACUAUUUUUCAUAGAAUAUAUGAAUAUCUUUUAGGUUGUAAGCAGCUGAUGAGAACCUAACGAAAUCAAAUGAAUUCAUUUAUUAUUCUGCACCAAUCUUUGUUUUCGCUCUCUUUAAAAUCUAUAUUUCAUGUUAUUCUAUUAACUUAGCCUUAUUGUUGGGUGCUGUCCAAUCAAUUGUACAGUCUGUGUUUAAUGUUGGUUCGUCUUAAAUUGAGUGCACUACCAAACAACUGGACCAAAUAGUUAGGGAACACCUCACCUCGUGGUUAGGAAAAGGUAAUGUCAAGACAAUACGCAGCUCGCUUCUAUCAAACUUGAUCGAUAGCGGUCAUGUAGUGGACAGAAACAAGUCAUUUAAAGUUAUUUAUCGUAUUCCCACUAAUUUUUCUUAUGGUGUUCAAUCUCGUCUCUUACACAUAGCAGAAGCUACAGGAAUUCGAGCCAACAAUCCAAGUCUUUGUGUUCACAAGAAAUUUAUAACACCCCUAUCUCUCCCUUGGCCUUAAUAAAUGAAUUUAUUUAUUUAUAUUAUUAGAAGGGGUUUUGUGGAGAUUUUUUAGAAAUUUCAAUAGUUGGAACCACGAAUCAAUUGAAGCUAGACCACCAUGGAAAACCUGGGACUCCUUAGCAGUGUGAAUCCAUGACCCCAACCUGCGAGACCCGAACCUAGGACCUGUCAGUCUCGCGCGCGAGAGCCUAACCAUUAGACCACUGAGUAGGCAUCAAUCGGUGUUAAUGUCUAACUUCAACCAAUCCACGAAAUUGAGCCACCGUCCACUAUUAUCUUCAUUGAGUUGCUAUCUCACAACAGACCUGGUUGAACUCCACUGGUCACUGCUUUUCACUAGAACUCCAGGAAAUGCUUCUUGAAGUCAGUCACUAGUGAGCAGAUGAUUAUUAAUAGAAGGGG